AGUAGUGCGUAUAACACGUCUCCCAUCUUCAUUUUCAGCUUCAUUUCGAUCUUCAGACAUGUCUAGUAGUACUUCAUCACAAUCUUCAUUGCCCGCUUCAGACGCUCUGAGAGAUAAAAUCCUAUGGAGGAGAAAGAAGCAAAGUGUGUUGGUUCUCUUAAUUGCAACAGCAACAUGGGUGCUUAUGGGAGUCUAUCACUUCAACUUCAUCACUGUUAUUUCUUGGGCAAUCAUGUUCGUUGUUGUUUUACUCUUCCUUUGGGCCAAUAUUCUCAAACUUCUCGGCAAAGAUCCGCCAGAGGUGUCGGGGUUGGAAAUUUCAGAGCAACGGGCAUUUGAGAUGGCGAAUAUGAUUCGAGCAUGGAUGGAGGAAGGAAUCCGAUGGAUGUUCCGCGUGAGUGCAGAGAGAGAGUGGUAUGUCUUUGCAGGAACCGUUGCUGGUUUGGGGUUACUCUCCUAUGUGGGAACUCUCAACGAUCUCCUAACACUUAUUUACACAGGAAUUGUAAUGGGCAUGACUGUUCCAGUAUUAUAUAUGAAGUACGAGGACAAUAUAAAGAGGCAUGGGGAGAGGGUGAAGGGGCAAGCCAGAAGAUUCUAUGACAAGGUUGAUGAGAAGGUGGUAAAGAACAUAAAGAACAGGGUUGUCGUAGAAAAGGAGGAGGAGGAGAAGGUUGAAUAGUUGCUUUACUCGCAUAAAGGACGUGUAUGUAUAUAUCUUCUUUAAUUACGUUAUAAUUAGCAGCUUUUUGGCUAUAUAUUGAUUCCUCAUGUAAUUUAAUCUCGUUUUGUAUAAGGAUGUAAUUAAUUAAUUAUGAGAUGGUUUGUAAGCUUAGUCAAUAUGCAUAGGAUAAUAGGAAGGUGUCGUCUUUUCACCAUAUUUUGCCUGAUUGUAAUGAAGAGCCAAUGAUAAAAUUUUGUGGACACCAAGAAA